AUGUGCCUGUGCAACAUGAUCCCGAGGAUCAGCUCAACUAUGCUUGCGUGCAACAAGGCUGGCAAGUGGGAUCUCUCGCUGAAUCUUCUUCGCGACGCCUAUGAUGCGGGCAGGUCGGAAGACUGGCUGCCCGAAGAGACCGUUUCAGUCGUCGGCGCCGGCCUGGGCGCCUGUGCAGAAAGCGGCGCCUGGCAGCAGGCCCUGCUACUGCUCGAGAAGGUGAACCAAGCUGUCGCAGAGCCUGCAAACGCCAAGGCCCUAUCUCCAUGGAUUCGCGAGGCCAGAAGUACUGCCAUGCUUGCAGCCAUCCGAGCCGCAGCUUGGAAACCAUGCCUGGCACUGCUGGAUUUGCAAGGUGCACCCAGCGAGCAGCUGGCUGCUCUGGGAUGUGCUGUGCGUGCAUGCGGCCUUGGCAGGAAUUGGCAGGGAGCACUCGAACUGUCUGCGAAGGCCGAAGCCAGGGCCUUGGAAGAGGAAUGGGGCAACAUCUGGAGCGCACAAAGCUGGGCGUGCCAGGCAAAGGGCGUAUGCUACACCACAGUGUCACUUACAAGUGGCAUAGGUGUAAAUAGGCAGAACAAGGAUGACGGCGGCGACGGAGCGGCGCUGCGCUUGUCUGCUCGUGCCUUCCGUGGCUGGCGUGCUGCUGCCGAAGCCCCUUCUGCCCCAGCCCGCCACUCUUCGGCCUCUGUGGUGCUCGGCAGUGCCGCAUACCGUCAGCUCGGCCUCGGACGUCGACGCAGCCGCCAGUCUGUGCAGACGGAGCCGGCCUAUGAAGUACAGUGUGAUAACCCACUUUCGGAGACGGAUGGUGCCGUUCGCGAAGCCCUUUCGUCCAUUGCAGUGUCUGCUGCGGCAGAGCUGCCGUCAAGCGAGCAGGAUCCGCUAAGCAGGCCUUCAGACGUGGAUGAGCUGAGCGGCUUGGAGCAACAGCAGACGGAGCCUUCGUCACCUGCUGGGAUUCCAUCUUCACCCCCUCGACGCGACCAGGAGCACACUGUGGCGAUGUCAUUGGAAGCGGAUGCUUCAACGACAGAAUUGCAGCCAGGCCCACUUGAGUCACAGCCAGAUGCGUUCGCCCUACCACCGUCACAGGAAGUGCCUGCGCUCCGUGAGGAAGCAUCUUUGCCGCAAUCUCAAACUGCAGAAGUCGUCUCGGUCGCCGCGCGAGAUCAUGGAGUUUCUGGGGCACCACCACCGCUCCGUGGAGAAGACUCAGAGCAGUACGAACAUCGAUCUGAAAUCCAAAUGGAGGAGGACGAGCCAGCUCAUUCUGUGGCAGAACAGUUCGACCCGUCGCACGCAAGCAAGCUUCCGUUCGACGACGGAGAGGAGGAUCCGGGCGGCUAUGUUCCAGGCGAAGCUGAGCAGAGUGAGACGGCAAGGCCGAUGGACCAACGAUGGCACGUACUCGGUGAUGACGAUCCACCGCCCCGCGCCUCCGAGGGCGCUCUGCUGUUGUCGGAGCAGAGGUUCAGGCAAAGAUGCCGCCAUCUCCUGGCAAGCUGCGUCACGGCUUGGAAAGAAGGCAUGGGCUUCCUCGUCAGCACCUCUCUCUGGCAAGACGAUGAGGAGGACAUGCGGCGCUGGCAUUUGCGCGGCCUGGAGCUUCGUCUCCAAGGCUGCCAGGCUGUACGACAGAAGGAGAGGGAAGCCAGUCUCGAAGCGCAGGCUGCGCUGCAGGCGAAGAUGCAAGACGAACUGGAGAAAGCAGAGGUGCGAGUGCGGGAGGAGUUUCAAGCCCAGUUGCAAGCACAGGCCGCACAUGCCAACAGGGAGCGAGAGAUUCUGGAGGCAGGCUUUCUGCAGCGCCUGGCAGGGGCAGAGCGGCAGCGCGAUGCGCUGCAGGCUCAAAUCAACUACUCGGUCUAUGACGUGUCGAGGGACAAGGACUUGCUGGAGGCAAGGCUUCGCGGAGAGUUGGACGACGCGAAGCACCAGCGCGAAGUUCAGGAGGCGAAGAUGUUUGCAGUGAUGCAAGAUUCAGAUCGCCAGAGAGAGAUAGAUCAGGCGAAGCUUUCUGCCCUUCUACAUGAUGAAAGGCGGCAGCAUGACGUCCGCCAGGCUCGACUGACAGAGACUUUCCGAAGGCAAGAGCUCAAAGCACAUCAGCACCACGAAGAGCUGGGUGACCAGCUGCGACACCAAAGAAGUGAACUUGCGGAGGAGCGCCGGCGAACAAGCGUGCUACAAAGCGAACUGGAGUCGGCCCAGGCCGAGCUGGUGAAGGCGCACGGCUGUGCGUUCGACCUCAAGGCGGCCCUGGAGAACCUGAAGACCUUGAAGGAGCUGCGCGAUGCUGAGGAAAAGCGACGCAAAGAGACGGAGGAGAGUCGCCAGGCUCUCCUACACCAUGUGAAAGAGGUGGAAUCCCAGCGUGCGCAGCUGCAGGCUCAGUUGGAUGAGAUCCAAGCCGGCUAUGUCAGCCUCAAGGCUGUGGCAGAGGCGGAGCGUUCGAAGACUCGUGUGGCGGAGCAGACUCUGAAGGAGCGUGAUGCCCGCGUCGCACAGCUUCUUGAGGAGAUUCAGAAGUAUCGUUCCCAGCAAAACCUGAUGAAGGAUGAGGCCAUCGAGCUCGCUGAGCACCGCGCCUGGCUGGGCGAGGAUCAGCGGUGGCUGCUCACGCUGGAAUCCCGCCUGAAGGAGGAGCAGAAGCGGGCGAGUGAGCUCGAGGACCAGCUCCUGGAGGAGAAAAAGAGGUGCGCUCGGCGACUGGAGGACAUGUCAGAGGAACUCUUGGAGGAGAAGGCCAAGUGCUUGGAGCUGCGGAAGCCACGUCCAGCGGACCGGGAACGCCAGGCGAAGGAUGCCAAGUUCCUUGCCGAAAUCCACGAGGUGCAACGCCAGGCGAAAGCUUAUGAGCGAGGCUGGAAACAGGCCGUCCUCGAUUCCAAAGAAAUGGAGAGCAUGCUGAAGAAAGAGCGCCAGCAUCGACAGCACUUCAGUGACUUCGUUGAGGACUUGGAAAAACGCUGCUGGAUGCUUCAAAAGGACCUGCGUUUGCAGAGUCUUCCUGAAGUGUUGGCUGCAGAGCGGCAACAGGCUGCGGCCAUUGCACAGAGAGCUGUCGACUUCGAAGACCGGUGCGAAAAGCUUCAGAAGAAUCUCGACGACAUGCACAUGUACCUAGAGAAGUUGAGCGUGGAGAGUGCUGAAGGUGCCGUGGCCGUUCAGCGGGCUAACGAGAUGCAGAUAUUCCUGAACACGCAGCUUUUCAUUCAGAUAUUCCUGGGCACUCGGGGGGGUACCAAGGCGCCGGUGGGCGGGCAUCUCGGCCCGCAACAGGCUCCGGCAGCCUUCAAUCCCGAAUUCCGCGCCAGGUCCAAGGAUCGCGGAGGAGCUGCGGGCGGAGCUUGGGGCAAGGGUGACCAGGACAAGGGCUUCAAGGGCGAGAAGGGAGGCGAAAAGGGCAAAGGCAAGAGGGGCCCCGACCCUUGGAGCUACGUGCCGCUGUGCUCAGCCGGACUGCUUUCAGCCUUUAGCGAAGAAGCCAUGUUUCUGAUUGCGUCUUUCGUCUAUGAAACGACUUCGCAGACCUCCUGGCUGGUCACGAGAGAUGGUCUCGUGUUUGAUUUGCUCCCUGCGCUCUGUUCGAAAAGUGCUUUGCCGGAUUUCUUCUUGACCCUUGCACCAAAGGAGCCUCUGGAAGAGACACCGCUCUUCAAGAAGGCCAAGGCAUUGGCAGCUGACGGUCGAAUUUCCCAUGCAGAAGCAAAGGACUUGUGGGCGGACGGACACCUCUCAAGCCGGGACGUGGAAGUUCUGCGCCAUGCAAUGCACACCUUUCGCUUCACGCAGAAGGCCUCUGCCUUCUUGCAGCCCUUAUUGCAGAGCCCGCGGCGGACGACCUACUAUCGCCAAGUCCAGGGACAGCGAUUCGACAGAGAGUUGUUGGACAUGGCGGAGCGAUAUGUAGGAGACGGCCAGAUUUCUUAUGCGGAGGCAUACAGCUUAUGGCGAGCGGCACAAGAUGGCAAAGGUGUCACUGAAGUUGAGAAGAAGACUUUGCAAUAUACACUGGCGCAAAUGAAAUACACCCCGAAGGCUUCAGCGUUUUUGAAGCAGAAGCUGAACGGCAGACAAUCUGGGAAGUCGGCGAGACCCUCGAAGUCUGCUAAGCUCGCCAGCCCGAGCCGUGCCAAGCCUUCUGCACCUGUCGAGGUCAAGGCUGUGGCUUCUGCAGAGUCUGGGCCAGCAAAGACGGCAGCAGCCAAAGCAGCGGUGCCAGGUAAGGCCAGAAAGAAGGAACCCUCUCGCGUGCUCGUGAAGUGGAAGUGGGUCAAGCGGCCGAACUCCCGCUUUCCGGCUUUUCCGGUGGUCAUGCCCAGGAAGGAGCAUCGCUUUUCCUUGGUGGUUUGCCAUCCAAUGGGCUGUUAUUCCACAUUCUUUCUCGGCCCAGAGGGUCUGGUGAAGGAUCUGCUCGUGCAAAGCCGCUUGAUCCGCGACUACUGCAAGAUCCUCUGUCCCGGUGCUCAGCACAUUGACUGGGGCAAGCAAUGGUUUCGAUACAGGAGCAAUCGGGGCGGCACGCGGCGAUGCCACGAAGAGGUCAUCUCGACGAGAGAUCUGCAGAAGGCUGUUGACUUCGUCUCCGGCGUGGUGGGAGCGGAAGCAUCGCAACUGGAAGCUGCUGACCGUGUCCUGCUGGGCGGCUAUUCUCAAGGAGGCUGCAUUUCCUUGGAGGUUGGUUUGGCUCUUCCCUUCGACCUGGGUCUCGUGAUCUCGCAGCGCGGCAUGCUGAUGAAGCAGACGAUGGACCGCCACGAUGCUUUUGUGGGGUCUGAUGUCUCGGUGGGACAGCCUCAGGGCAGUCCUCCAGGUGCCGAGAAAGUGGCGAAGCGCCCGUGCAAUUCACCCUCGGCCAAGCCUCGGGUCUUGAUGACGGCUGGAGUUUUAGAUGACGUCUACCUGCUUGCGAAUCAGGAAGAUGGGCGCAACUGGCUCAUGAAGUACGGCUGCGAGGUCGAUUUCCAUGCUCUCCAGACGUUGGACCACUACGAGAAUUCGCGCGAGGAACAUGCGCUGGUUCGCAAAGCAGUGCUGGCCACCUUCCGGCGUGCCAAGAGACGCAAGGCAAAGAAGGCACGAAGCCUUCGUGGAACGCCCUCGCGUGAGGCGCCUGUGCACCUGUCCCAGUAG